AUGGGACAGCGAGGUUGUAAAGUGGAUCCGAUGAUUGGCGAGGUGUGCGAUCAACAUCUGAGCACACCCCCAAAACCCAGCAUCAACACGGCGGUUCAACAUCCUCAUCCUCGCGAUGAGACUCCUGUUAAUGCUGGUGAGGGAAACAGCCAAGAGAGGAGGGUGAAGGAGAAAGGAGGAGAGGUGAGGGAAGUUGAGGAGUCAGGGAGAGUGCAGGAGAGUAGAAAGAGGAAGAAGUGGUGGAGGAGGCCCUCUUUCUUCAGAGCUGCCAAAAAACAGCCCCCAGAGAGCAGCUCAGGUCAGGGAGAGGUGAAGGAUGAGGGAGAGAAGAGGAAGGUAGCAUGGCCAGGAAGAAGUAGUGAUGACUACAUCUUCAGCCGCUACAGUAUAAGUCAUGAGCUGGGGAAAGGAGGUUUUGGUGUGGUGUAUGAAGGAAGACGUUUGGAAGAUGAUCUUAAAGUGGCUUUGAAAUAUGUCACAAAGACAGAGAAAACGAAAUAUUUAUCAAUUCCUGAUCAUCCAAACCCCCUUCCGAAUGAGAUCGCCCUCACCAUCCUGGCGAAUAAAGGUCACAGCGUGCCAGAGAUCAUUAGGCUCCUGGACUGGCAGGACCACCCUGACCACUUUGUUAUGGUCCUCGAAUGUCCCACUCCCUGUGAGAGUCUGGCACAGUUCACGAAGCGUCACGGUGGAAGACUCGAUGAAGAGAAGGCACGGCAUAUCAUGACGCAGGUGGUUUACGCUGCGAACGUGUGCUGCCUUCGCAGAGUUCUCCACCGUGACAUAAAACCGGAUAACCUACUUAUAAACAGCGAGACAUCCGAAGUGAAGCUGAUUGACUUCGGAUGUGGGGACAUUCUGAGGAGUUCGGCGUACAGCUCAUAUUCUGGCACAGCACCGUACUCCCCUCCAGAGUUUCAUGUCAGGAGGAAGUACUACGGCAGGCAGGCGACAGCAUGGUCACUCGGGGUUCUGAUGUUUGUGAUGUUGUGUGGACGUUUCCCAAAAGACGAAGACCUGUUCCUGCUGAAACAGAACCUCUGGUCUAAAAAGGGGCUGUCAAGAGAAUGCUGUCAUCUGCUCGGGGCUCUCUUGCGGGAACAACCAAGUCGGCGACUUUCUCUUGGGCAAAUCCUGUCCCACGACUGGUUUAAGCCACUCCAGUUGGCGUCAGCAUCUUGAGGGCUGCAAUGGGAGACGCUUCCAUCCCUUCCACCCCAUUGAUUUCAAUGGAGAACUUCGAAGCCUGUUAAAAGCUGAUAGCGAGGCGUACUGCGCAGGCUCAAACUGAGCCUCUCACGUGAGCAA